AUGACAACCCAAAACCGAGCCGCCCUAAUGCUAUCGAGCCUUAAAAAGACUAUUAUCGAAGUCUCUGGAAGCUACAGCAACCGAGGAUCUGGCUACUACGAUGCGCCUCCCGUCGAGGACAAAACACCUUUGGUUCAAGACCUGGAAGAGAUGAUUGUCUCACCGUUGACGACGAAGGACGAGAAGGUCGUGCUGAUAGAUACGUUGAUGGUGGUGAGAGUGUUGCAGAGAUUGAAGGAGGAGGAAUGGUCGGACAGGUUGAAGGAGCCAGCAACAUCGAACAUGGAUGGGAAGGAAAGCCUCACGCAGAAAUCUCGCAGAAGUGAAGCUGCUCACGUCGCUAUCGCAAUGUUGAAAGCAGCAAUUAUCCAAGCUUGCUACGAGAAUCAUUGGAGAGACGGAGCUUUCUGGAGUAUCAGGCAUUCCUCGUCGGACGUGGACAACGAUCUGGAGCGACUGGAGGGGUCCAUGAAGACCACCGAAGCUGAAAAGGCCAUCUUCAAGGACACACGUUCGAAGGUUGCGGAUAUGCGCGCAUACUUGGAAGGUCGUCCAACAAAUCUGUCUAGUGUAGACGAUUUGGACUGGGUAAAGAGAUUGAAGAGUGUGUUCGAGAGCCAAGUCGGAGAGGUACUAGAAGCAGGGGAGGUGUCGACUGUGCAGAAGAAUGGGCCUAAUAGGAAGCCGGCGUUAAGCAGGAAAGGAGACGAGGAUGAUGGCUUCGAAAGUCAAAAGGUUUAUGGUGGUUCGGGUGGCUCGCCGAAGUAUUGA